UAUUUCGAAGGCAAGAGACCACAAAGCAGGCCAAAUAUUACUAACAACAAACCACUCAGACGCGACACAUCGGACUAUCAUCUGUCCUCUUCCUGUUAGCGGAAGCAGAAGUAUGCCACCCGAUCGACACCAGACGCAGGGUUUCGAUGAUAGCAGGUCGGUAUCUUCGCAGAAGAGCGACACAGGCUAUCAUUCGUCCGGAGCCACGAGUGAUAUUGCUGGGUAUCACAACUCGAUGAGCUCUGCUCGUAGUGUUGGGUCGACUGACCAUGGUUCGCAAGGGAGUUCACGAGGAUUUGGGGGUCCGCUAUCACCUCAUUUGGUUACUGGAGAAACCAAGUUUCCAACAGCUAUGUCCUACAUGUCGGAUGCACAGCGCAGCGAUGUCGCUACCGUAUGCUCGGGGAGCGUCGUAGAAGACAUUGAAGAGGAAUCUGUCAUCUCUGUUGAUCUCAAUGCUCAAUCCGCCUCAAGUGCUACUUGUGCUUCUGCAGGUGCCAAUCCAGCGUCGCCUCCUUGUGCUGUCAAAAUGACCAACGUUCGGUCGUUUCAGCUACUGCAUGUAGAUGCCUCCCACCCGUCUUCGGAAUCAGUGGUCCCACAGAAAGGGUCACGGAACAGUUAUUCGCUACAACUGGCUGAUCAUCAGCACAAUAUGGGACCACCUCUGUCCAGGAGUUUGCUCAGUACAAAUACAGAUAACCUUUCGCGAGCUGGGUCAGUAGCUGGAAGCGAUGCGGCAGCCCAAGUGGAUACUGACGACUGCGGUGGGUCACUUGAUAUGGAAGUGCAUUCCGUUCACAGCCAAGCAGAAUCUCAGGAGGACGAUGGUGCUGACUCGCAGCAAAACGGAAGCCAAGAGUCUGCAGACGAAUCGACCACCAUCAUAAAAGUGCCCGUGGUCAAUCCACUGCUCUGUUCCAACAACGAAGCCGACAACGGAUCAGGACGAACCAGCCCUGGCGGUACCAUUUACAAGGGAAGAGGGAAUAGAAGAUUUCAAGGGCGAUUCAUGAAGCUGCCUUUGAAACGUUUCCAUCAAAAUAGAGUCGAUGGAGUCGACUUGGGGGGAACAGAACCACCAAUCAACGCCAAUCCAUUCCAGACAGAUGAUAGAAAGUAUACCACACAAUCGUCAGCGUCACAGGCUAAGGGUGGUUGGGAGAAUCCGCAAGAUAGAGAUUCGCAUGCUAGAAGAGGAGCCAAGGAUGGCGACGCACAACAGUCGAGGCUUCGCGGUAGAAGUCGCAGUCGCAGUCGGAGCCGCGAGAGAGAAAAUGGUAGAAAUGAGCCCACCAGAAGCACAUCUCACAACAACACAGGCCGCCGAGGUCUUGCAAGAUCAUCAAAUAAUCAUCAGUACUACCAUGAAACUGGUGGAAGGGGACCUCCUGGAGACGCUUGUCGAACCCAAAAUCACAGAAACGGAAGGUGGCGCGAAGAGGGAUCACAUCGGCACAAGAAUAAAAGAUAUUACUACAGCUAAUCAUCCAGACUGUGGACUCGACUCGCCACUCUUCUGAUUGAAAGGCUUGAGUGACGAAGGGGCAAGGAACCCAAAAGGGAAAGCUUGAUAUCGUGGCCUGUAAAUUGUGUAGAAGAUACAGAUAUGCUAUGUAUUGCGGUAUGCAUUGCUAGGCGAUAGAAUGAUACGGUCGAGGUUGCACAACGAGCAGCUUGAGGAGCAUGGGCAGAGGUUGCUCCAACUCUGGAGCUUCGUUUGUGCGCUACAAGAGCCAACCUACUUCGCCCGGCCUUCUUGAAGGAUCAUACGUGUCUUGAAGGAGUCUUGUUUCAGCGAAGCCAGCUUCCCCUUUCGAACUGUGCCUCUGAGUGCGCCCUGGAAGCAAUAGAGCC